AUGGGCGGCGCCGCGCCGGUUCCGGCCGCCACCGCCGCCUCCCCGCGCGCGGGCGGUGCGCAGCUGCGUGUGCGAGUGCGUGCGUGCGUGCGCGAGUGCGAACCGGCGGGCGAGUGGCCGCCGCCUCACGCCGCCCCGGGCGCGCAGCCCGCCCUCAAGCGCUGCAGGCACUGCGAAGAAUCUGGGCACAGGUUGGACAGCGGCAACAGCAACCUGUUCUGGAGAAUCCAGCUGGACCAAGAUCUCUUCGACACCAUCAUCGCCAUUUACCCGGAGUGGUUCAAGGACUACCAGCUGCAGCUGCAGCAGCAGCAGCAGCAGCAGUCGGCUAGCGGCCAGGGCGACGCCGCCCCCAGCAUGGCGGAGGCGGAGGGCCCCGGCUGUGGCUCGGCCGACGCGCCGCCCGCC